AUGGCUUUUUGUGCCCUAGUCUCCAAGAAGGCGCUGGGUUCUGCGCUUCGCAGUGGAGCGGCGGACCUUGGUUCAGGCCUGUGCCAGAUCAGGAGGCUGCAGACAUUCUCGCUCCCUGAUCUCUCGUACGACUAUGGCGCUCUGGAGCCGGCCAUCAGCGGUGAGAUCAUGAAGAUCCAUCACCAGAAGCAUCACCAAGCCUACAUCACCAACUACAACAAGGCACUGGAACAACUCGACGAAGCCAUACAGAAGGGGGACACCUCCAAGGUGGUCGGGUUGCAGAGUGCGAUAAAGUUUAAUGGCGGCGGUGGGCAUUUCUCUCCUUCACUCGAUGAUGUUCGUUUUUGCUGAUGCCUAUGCUUGAUUGAUAUUUUUGGUAUCCAGAUUUCAGUGUCGAUAAUUCGUCAUCGAUUUUAUUUUUUUGGAUUUUGAAGCUGGUGUAGCUUUAAUUAGAGUAUCUUUUAACCGAUUUCGUCGUUUCGCCUUUUUCGACAGUCACCUCGAUAUCCACCUCGAUAUUUUCAGGUUUGUCGUUGGUGCCAAAUGUUUAAUCAUUGAAAUUAUCAUAUUCCGAAAUCAUUCUCUGAGAUGUCCACAAACUGAUGAUAUCAAGAAGAGAACUCCAUUAAGCAUCGCCUAGAAUAGGUCCAUAGAUUUGAAAUUGAUACCGCUCUCUCCCCCAGGUGGUAGUCAAAUCAUGACACUGCAGUUUAGAGGUACUUCAGAAUGUUAUUCAAGGAAAAACUCGACCUGUGGGAGACUGGAAUUUCUGCUGGUCAUGAAAAUUUGUGUCAAGUGCAAAUGUGGGGUAGGAGGAUGCUGCCUGUCACCAAGUAGAUCUUACAUGUUUUUAACUUUGCCAUUACAAACUCUGUCCAUAUGGUUCCCAUCACAAACGCCAUCAAACAUUGCCUUUCCAUUAGCAUCUUGACUGAAGAUCGUUUGUUUUUAAUGUCAUCACCACGACUCACAGAUUUGACAUUUGGUCUUAUCGUAGGAAAAAGUUUUAAUGAUGUGUUUGUGCGUGCCUCCAUUGAUGACUUCUGGCUUGAAGAAAUCCUCUAUUCUGAUGAGCAUGGCUUCAAGUUUAUAUUUUGGAGCAGUUUCAAACUUGACAGUUUAUUAAAUUGAAAUACCGAUGCUCAGGUCAUAUCAACCAUUCAAUAUUCUGGAAAAACCUUGCCCCUACGAAUGUGAGUCUUACUUAUCUUGAAUGCUUAAUUCUUUUCGUUUUAUUGCUUCUUUCCUUUAUCCUUCUCACGAGGGCCAUUGUAUUCUACUUUUUCUUUUGUUCUCAUGGAAAAAAUAUUUCAGGAAGGAGGUGGUGAGCCUCCAAAGGGUGCACUUGGCUGGGCUAUUGAUGCAGAUUUUGGUUCCUUCGAAGCACUUGUUCAAAAGAUGAGUUCAGAAGGUGCAGCUCUUCAGGGUUCCGGAUGGGUGGUGAGCCCUACAAUCUAAAAUAUCACAUACAGAAUGUUGUUAGAAAACUUCAGGCCUUUAAGCCACUUCCUUUUCAUGCUUUUUGUCUGUCUAUACAAUAUUUACAGUGGCUUGCUCUGGACAAGGAGUUGAAGAAAGUUAGAAUUGAAACUACUGCAAACCAGGUAACCAUCCUGUCACAUCCAUGGGAGCGCUCUGUCUUGGAUGCCACCGUUUGGUGGAUGGUGGCAUAAAUCAUCCUCGUUUUGUGCAUGAAAUUGUACUAAUUUUUGAGAAUUAGACCAAUCGCGACUGAUCUUAGUCCUUAUCCCAGUAACGAGAUGAAGAGACAGCCACCAGGGAUGCAGUUUUUUUUACUAUUUAUUGUCGAUGAUCUGUUUUUCCCAUUUCCUUAAUCGUUUUGACAGAAUGCAUCACGGUAUACGCUUGUGUUUUGGAAGAAAGAUCUCGAUGUUUCUUUUCCACUUCUCUCCCCCAUGGGGCUGCCAUUUCUUUCUCAGAUUCAACCAGCUUCAAUCGUCCAUGUCUUGUUGUUCUACUCUACCUGGUGAAAACUUUACAGGACCCCCUGGUGACAAAGGGGCUACAUCUGGUUCCCCUAUUGGGAAUAGACGUAUGGGAGCACGCUUACUAUCUGCAGGUGAGUACACCUGGUCAACGACCCCUUUCCCUAUUCUCUUCGGUUCCUGUAAUGGCAAUUAUCUUAUCUGCGUAAUAAGGAAUGAUUACUCCUGAGAACCAUAUGGUCUAAACAUGCAUAUGACGCCGAAAAUAGAUCGAAUUGAUACCACUAGCAGAAGAAAAUCUCCUGUUGAAAUGAAGAGAAAUGGUCUAACGGAUGAGACUUGAGCUAGCUAAGUCCCCACAUUUUGCAUGCCUGAUCAAGAAACCGUAGGGUGGGUUCGGGAUUGAUUAACGGAUAAGAUUUUGUUGGUCCUUAAAUCUCCUUGACUGCUGACGUGGCCACUAUUGUUUUGCUGUUAUUAUUAUUAUUACUAUUAUUGUUGUUGUUAUUGUUAUUAUUAUUAUUAUUUUGGGUGUUCGUCUUCUCACGGCGGGUGGAAUGGGAGCAGUACAAGAACGUGAGACCCGACUACCUGAAGAACAUAUGGAAGGUGAUCAACUGGAAGCACGCCAGCGACGCCUUCGACGGAGAGGCGGCUUGA